GACCGACUGCCAAUCCGUGUCUCUCUCUCUCUCUCUCCUUCUCUCAACAUGACUGACUGGGAAGCGGUGGCUCAGGCAGAGCAGCUCUGCUGGCGCAGGCAGGAGGAGAAGGAGGAUUAUUAAAAAACGCAGCUCGACUCUGUGCAACUGGGAGUGGAGAAAAGGAGCCCAACAGCCGAGAAGGGGAGGGAGGGCAGAGGAAGGGACCAGGAAAGACACCCCCGUGCCCCGAAGACAUAAAUUUCUGAGUGCCCGGGAGGAGCCUUAACAAGCGGCGCGGAGCCCUUCAAGGUUGCUAAGUUGGCUAUCACAGUGCAAGCCUUGGAGUCCCAAUGGGGGACUCAGGAUCAAGACGAUCUACUCUGGUCUCCCGGUUGCCAAUAUUCAGGAGAAGUAUUAGCAGAAGACAUGAUUCUCUUCCUUCUUCACCGUCCUCCAGUAAUACAGUUGGUGUCCACAGUUCCUCUCCUUCCAGCACUAACUCAAGCUCAGGUAGUACAGGUAAACGCAGGAGCAUAUUCCGUACUCCUUCCAUUAGUUUCCACCAUAAGAAGGGGAGUGAACCUAAGCAAGAUGCUACCAACCAGAACCUUAGUAUUUCAAAUGGUGCUCAAUCUGGUCAUAGCAGUAUGCCAAAACUGAGUUUGGAAGAACAUAUUAAAACCAGGGGAAGACAUUCUGUUGGUUUUAGCAGUUCACGAAAUAAGAAGAUAACAAGAUCUUUAACAGAAGAUUUUGAAAGGGAAAAGGAGCACUCAACUAAUAAGAAUGUCUUUAUAAAUUGCCUAAGUUCUGGCAAAAGUGAGGGGGAUGAUUCUGGAUUCACAGAAGAACAAACUCGCCGUUCUGUUAAGCAGUCAACAAAGAAGCUACUUACUAAAUCUUUUUCAUCUCACUAUAAAUUUUCUAAACCAGUUCCACAGAGUCAAUCCAUUUCAUUGGUACAACAGUCUGGAUUCUCAUUGGAAAUUACACAGUUCCAAGAGAGAGAGCCUGUAUUAGUAAGAGCUUCUCCGUCUUGUUCCGUGGAUGUAACAGAACGGGCAGGAAGCUCUUUACAAUCUCCGUUGCUUUCUGCUGAUCUUACAACAGCUCAGACACCUUCAGAGUUCUUAGCCUUGACUGAAGAUUCUGUGUCUGAAACGGAUGCAUUUCCUCAAAGUGGAAGCAUGGCAUCCCACUGUGACAACUUUGGCCACAAUGAUUCUACCUCUCAGAUCUCUUCCAAUCCUGCUGCUGUUACAAAGACAACAAUAGACCUUAUGGGAACUGUUCCCUGUGCAAUUAUGUCUCCUGGAAAAUACAGGUUAGAAGGCCGAUGUAGCACUGAAUCUAAUUCCUUAUCAGAAACCUCUGCUGCUAAUCAGAAGGAAGUGUUAUUGCAAAUCACUGAACUACCUGUUAUGAAUGGGAACAACUCGGAGACUCACCAAUCGGGUGAUAUGCAAAGAGAAGAACAUAUGGUAGUACAAAAUGGUGAAAAAAUGUUGGUGACAAGCUCCCCAAGGAAACUUGGAUUUUAUGAGCAACAUAAAGCAAUAGCUGACCGUGUUAAAGGGAUUCAUCCUAUUUCAGAUUCAAGGAUAAUACCCUCUUCUGGUGAUCAUCAUAUUUUUAACAAAACAUCAUAUGGAUAUGAAUCAAACCCUGCCAAAGUUCUUGCCAGUAGCUUCAGUCCAUAUCGUGAAGGAAGAUUUAUAGAAAGGCGACUGCGAUCCUCAUCUGAAGGAACUGCAGGGAGUAGCAGAAUGAUUUUGAAACCAAAAGAUGGAAAUGUAGAAGAAGUGAAUAGUCUAAGAAAGCAAAGAGCAGGUUCAUCAUCUUCAAAAAUGAACAGUAUGGAUGUUUUGAAUAAUUUGGGAUCUUGUGAACUGGAUGAAGAUGAUCUAAUGCUUGAUCUAGAGUUUUUGGAGGAACAGAAUCUUCAUCCUUCGGUUUGCCGGGAGGAUUCUUAUCACUCUGUAGUCUCAUGUGCUGCUGUGGUUCUACCAACGAUAGAAAUGAAGAAAAGAGAAGAACUAAAAUUUCCUGAACCUUCCAAACAGAAUCUUUCCCUGAAAUUAACAAAAGACAUUGAUCAGGAAGUCAGGUGUUCCCAUAUCAGCCGAAUGCCCAGCAGUCCAUCUGCAGACUGGCCCCUGCAAGGUGUGGAAGAAAAUGGAGGCCUUGAUUCUCUGCCCUUCAGACUGAUGUUACAGGACUGCACAGCCGUCAAGACGUUGUUAUUAAAGAUGAAAAGAGUUCUUCAAGAGAGUGCAGAUAUGAGCCCAGCAAGUAGCACCACUUCACUUCCCGUUAGUCCUCUUACUGAAGAGCCAUUGCCUUUCAAGGAUAUAAUGAAAGAUGAAUGCUCACUGCUGAAGCUGCAGCUGAAAGAGCGGGAUGAACUCAUUUCCCAACUUCAGGAAGAGCUGGAAAAAGUCCAGCAUUUACAGAAGGCUUUUGCUUCCAGAGUAGAUAAAUCCACACAGACUGAACUUCUAGGCUAUGAUGCCCUGUGGAAUCCUACAUGCACUGAAGGUUUAUUUAAACCAGUACAUAUUUCAACCUAGGUGAAAUCAUUUGACCAUAAGCAAUGUAUCACCAAUCUGUGACAUGUUAAAUAUUAAAUAAAACCAACUUUCCAUCAUUCCAUAUGUUAGCUGUUUCCCAGAGUAUUUAAUAGAGAAAUGUUUCCAUUCCAAAUAUUUCACACUUUCUGCAUUUGUACACAAUUGCACAAAAAACUGA